AUGGCAAAUCAUGUACAGCGCUUUUCACAAGGGGAGACCCAUGUCAAUGCUUGCGGCGGAAAAUGCUGUAGGGGACGGGAAAUCCUCCAGCAGCCAGACAUCGUUGGACAGAUUCUCUCAUGCCUCCCGUGGCGCGAGAGACGUCGACUAGCAGCUGUGUGCGCGUCGUGGCAGCAGGCGGCGGAGAACGCCAUUUGCUGGACAGACCUCGACUUGACGUUCGCUGAUGCGACUACAGCUGUCACCAGCUUGGCCCGCUCAGCAAGGCGUGCCCGCCUGCCCGCCUCUACACUAGAAGUAAUCGGAAGGCAUAAGCAGAACCCCUUUGCCUUCAGCUUUGCAAGCAGUCCGCCGCCUUUCAGGUGGAUUCAGACCCUACAGUUAUCCGUCUACUCGAGCGAAGAGGCGGCGGCCGUCGUCUCCCAGUUGCUGUUUCAUACAGUUGAAACGCGAAAUGCUCCUUGCUCACCCAAAAUCCCAAGUCAAACACAGUUUCCGGAUCCUCCCGGUGCCUUUGGAGAGCCCUCCUUUCAAGAGACACAGGGAGCCGGCGCGCUGAUGCCUGGUCUUCGACGGCUUGAUAUCUACCGUGGCAUUGGAGCAAGAGGCGCCGGCGUCUUUCAGAUAGACACUCCUCUCCACAUAUUGGAGACCCUUCCGUCCUCUUUUCCGCCGGAUCCCAGCUGGUGUCGGUACAACGGCAGCGUGUGCUGUUCGUCGGCGUUCAGUGAACUCGGUGCGACGAUAUGGCCGUCGCCAUGCUUCUCUUCGACAAGCACUGCAGAGGAUUCAUCUGCGACUCCUCGAGACUUGUCUCCGUCGUACUCGUGCGCCGUUGAUCCCACCGCAUCCCAGGAGGCUGCCAGGGUGUCAUUGCUCCCUUCAGCAGCGUCCCCCUCGUUGCCGCACUCCGGGUUCGGACCCCCGCAUGGCUUCCGGCUGCCAGCUGCAGCUCUUCGACUGGAUGCGGAGUUCAUUGAGUCCUCCCUAACACACCCUCUUAGCCCUUCAAGUCUGCGCCCCAAACCGCAAGUUGCCGAGAGUCUAGCGUCUGCAGCACCUCGCGCUGCACUUUCUGCGGAUCUUGUGCCUUGCGGCUUGGCACGGCUGGCGUCGCUCGAGUGCUUGGUCGUGGAGACACCCCUACCAGCUGCUUUGAUGCGGGGCCUGAGGGGGCGGCUGCCGCGACUUCGGCAUCUGAGCGUGACGCAGGUCAUGCAUUGCGGUCGCCGGCCUGCGGCAAGGAGUGGAAGUGAAGCCACUACAAUCGCAGAGGCGCCACCGCAGUUUGAAACUCUGAGCGUGCUCCGUGAGGUCCUUGAGACCCUCCCGAGCAACCAGCUACAGACCUUGUGUGUAUCGUUUGCAUGCGUCUCGGCACCCGAAUACUAUUUCGCCCGCUGCUGGCAGGACCGCGACGCGAACGAGGCUGAUCAUCACGGUAGUGCCCUCCAAGAUCACGCCGGUCCUUGGGAGCCUCUGAUUGAGCGGGUCAACCAAGCCCUUCAAUACGAGGGCGCCGCAUGGAGGCAAAACGCUUCACGACGAACUACCCUGCAAGGGAUACUCGAGGAAGAUGGCGACGAGGUCGUGGAUCUGCUGACAGAGUUCCAGGCUGCGAGUCUGGAAACAAUCUGGCUCCCGGAUACCGCGGUGUCGUAUGCGACCCUCCAGCGAUUCCUGACGCAGUGCACGAAACUCAGCUCGUGGCAUGUGCCUGGUUGGGCUGCCCUUCUGAGUGCCAUGGCCCCGGUGCCGUAG